AUAAUACACUGGCAAUGUGGGAAGCUCUCUUUCAGUAACGCUGAGGAAAAUAUUGGGGCUAAGGUUCCAUUACCUGGCUUUUUAUAUCAUCAGUGACACAUGUUUAGGAUGAUAACACAAGGAUUGAACUUCGUACCUUUUGUCACACGUGUAUUCAAAUGUUUAUGUGUAGAUAAUGUAUAUGACACCUUUAAUUUAUGAGCUCGUGAGCAAGGAAGUGCUUUCCACUUGACACCGCGUAAAUCGGCCAUGUUGCCUUUUGUUAAUGUCACUGAAGGUUUUGGGAACAAAUGUUAAUAUUAAGUAUGUCGAUACACGGUGUGACAUGGAGGAAGAUUUCACCGUCUGUAGUAAUUUAUUUGUGACUUCUCUUACUGUGUCGGGGUUUGUGGAGAUUGCUGGACCCUCGGGUAAAGAGUACAUUUUUGUCAUUGAUGUCACGUGGUCCGACAAUCGAUCUUUGACUGUGAAAAGGACCUACAAAGAUUUCUUAAACUUUCGGUCAAAAUUGCUGAAUGCAGUCAAGCGUGUGAAAUGUGAUGUCAACAUACCGGAGUUACAAGGUUACAGAAUAUUUCGUCGUUACGAUAGAAAGUUAGCCGAAGAGCGUGAAGAGGAACUACAGAAGUUUGCUAACUUCCUUUUGAAUGGUGAUCGGAGGCUGAGACAUUUGGCAACUGUUGUUGAUUUCUUUGAGCCUCAACCUACAGAUCCGGUUCCGUAUCGCAGCCCACCAGAUGGCGCUUGUGAUUCAGACGCAGAAGACCCGUUUGCUGAAAAUAUCUUCGACAGGAAAUGGAUGAAACGCAAAUGAUCAUCAGUUGACAGUUAUCUCCGUAUUAAAACCGAAUCAAAGAUAUACUGUAAAAAUGCAGAUCAUAACCCAGUUUCUUGAUCUACCAUUGUGUCAUAUACUGCAAUAAUUCAAUACCUCAAACUUUAGAUCUAAACUCUGAAGAAUAAUCUUUCGCUUACAAAUAUCAAUUAUGAAAGAAAAUGUAUGAGUAAGAAGCUUUCCUGGUGAUUAAUGCCUGUGGAGAUCCAUCAGUGAUCAUACAAACCUUGUAUAAUUACAAACUUGCAGUCUGUAUCUUUUGAAUGCAAUGGAGUGAUUUCUUUCUAUCUAUUUAAUUUUCUUUAUUAAAUCAACAAAAAUCCAAAUCCA